AAUCCUUUAAUCAGGUUAGCUAUCAGUCAAAGUGCAUAAGUAUUUCCUUGAAGUAUUCUACAGCAUAUUGUCAGAAUGCCUUCCUUUUUGUUGUUUGUGGUUUUAGCUUUAGCUGUGUUCUUAGUGGCCCAAGCAGUCACUGUGGACUGCGGCAAAAACUCUGUCUCUGUACGAUGGAUUAAUGUAAACUCUCAAGUGGAUCCAUCCCUCCUCCGCUUAGGUGACUGUCCUCCAACCCAACUUUCAGUAAAUCCUCAAGGGUCCGAGGCAGUGUUCUAUGCUGAAUUUUUGACCUGUAAUAUUAGGAGGCUGGUGACAACCAAUGAGAUUAUAUUUGAGACUGAGAUCACUUCUCCCACAUUGUCAAAAGCAACACCAAUUUAUUACCCUGUAGCCUGUGCAUAUGAAAGGGAAGAAGACUGGGCUCCUCCUUUGUACGAUCCUCUGCUGUUUCAUACACAUGGCCAGGGAGAUCUGGCAUUUCGUAUGGCUCUCAUGAAGGAUGACUUCAGUGGUGUGGCCACUACCACAACCUUCUCACUAGGCUCAAUGAUCCCAAUUGCUGCCUCAGUCGCCCAGCAGAACCAUCAGCCAUUAAUACUGCUGCUGGAUGAAUGUUUGGCUUCCACAACACCAGAAUUGGCUCCAGAUUCUCAUGUUUACCCACUCAUUACCAACAAGGGGUAUGUGUGUAGACAAGAUAUCGCUAUUGUUCAGAAAAGGCAGAAGGAGCGAGUCAUUGCAUUCUUAAGAAACAGGUCUGUGGAACUGGAACGAAAGGUGAAAGAAGUCCGUGAUCAGUGCUACAGGUGGCAAGUGUCUGAGCUGAAACAAGAGAAUGAAGAACUAAAGAAGCCGCUUUCUCAGAGGAGGACAUCUCCUGGGAGGUUUUCAAUUAAUGGAGGAACUCCAAGGAUGAUUCUUCCUGUAGCUGUCACAUCACCAGGUAGCAAGUUUCGUAGCUUGAGACAGAAACUUCAGCUCCUAGACUGA